UGCUACUGAUUGCAGAGAUGGCCAACUCCUCUGAGAACGGAACAGGCGACCACCUCUAUGCCUACGACUAUGAAUCCGAGUACGGGUAUUUCUCGUCUGAUUAUACCUGGCCGUGUUCAGACGGGUUCCCGUAUCUAUGCCCUGUAUCCAUCUCUGCAAUCUGCAUUGCAGUGAUAGGAAUUCUGGGUAAUUUGGCCGUAAUCGUGUCGCUGAUUAGAGGAAAGCUGUACAAGAAGACAUCCCAUAUGUCUAUCCUGGUCCUAGCGAUCACAGACAUCAUGUGUCUGGUCGUAUUCACCAUACGGGAGUUUAUCUACUUCCCUAACGAGUUCUACUUCAUGAAGAAAGGAGUUUUUUCGGCGGAAUUAUGUGUGAUCAUUUUUGUCCUGAAUAACACUCCCUACCUGAGCUCCUGUUGGAACAUCAUGUAUUUGGCCUACGAGAGGUAUGUGUUGGUCACCAAUCCGUUUGUUUAUAUGGAUAAACAUACACCGAGAACCGUGGUCAUCCGGGCGGUUAUAACUUUCGUCAUUGUGGCCAUCGUCAACCUGGCGUACGCCAUCAUCAUGACGGACCUCUCUCGAUGCCCAGAUUUCAUCUUAAUUCCGACAUAUUACGGGUUUAUAACGGUCCCCAUCAUUGGGAUCUCGUUCAUUACUUUGAUAUUUUUCCAUUGCUCUAAAGUAUACAAGUUAAAGAAACUGUCUACCGUUGAGGGCAGACAUACAAAGAGCACCAAACAGUUCCCGCACAUGACCAAGAUCGUCUACAUCAUUGUCAUUACGUUCAUUCUGUCACAGAUCCCUUACCUUAUCUUUGACGUGGUAUCUAUUUUCGAAUCGUUUGAUAACAAUAUCUGGCCGAUGGAAUACUAUGACGUCAUUCUCAAUAUCGGCAUCGUUGCAUUUCUUGUAAACUAUGCCAGUAACCCGUUCAUUUACUGGAUAACACCGCUCAGCUGCGCAUGCAAACGCAGCUCAACCAAAAAUCCGCCACAAUCCAGUAUGAAUACAAAAAGCGAGACAGUUCCUUAGACACCAAUGUUGUUCAUACUACCUUUUGGAACAGCGAACUUGACUCAGACGGUACUAAUGUUGUGUAAACAAAAAAAAAAUUGAAUAUUAUGUACGGUAUUGUUUUUGUUCUCACUGUAGAACACAAGAUGGAAAGCUUUGAUAAUUGUUAUAAUGUCAUACGUAGAGUAUUUUAUGUGCGUCCUAUUAUGUUAUAGUUGUAUGUCUUAUGUAAUUUUCUCAUUUUUUCUGAUGUAUCAAUCUAGGUUCAGAUGUUCCUUAUUGCAAGCUCUACAUAAUAGGCACAAAACUAUGACUUGUAAAAGAAAUUUAUUGACCUAUAGUAACUAAAAAUUAAAUAAAGAUAAUGAUGAUAUACACAAGUAUAUACAAUCAAAUGAUAAAAAAGUACAGUAUCAGUUUCCUUGCGGUAAUCUAAGAGAGGUUCAAAUACAAUGAAUUUCUACAAUGUAACUAUAUUUACUUUUAUAUACUUAUUCUAAAAAAAAAAGAAGAAAAAAUUCAUGUAAAACAAAACUGACACUUCAUUGAAUGUUAUACUUUUGGAGGGGUGGGAUGGUAUAGUCUGUUGUAAUUUGGCACUCAACCUACUCACUCAUCAACAGUUUUUGAACUGCCACUCGACACGCCCACGCUAGCACGCGCACCUGUGUUCAGUAACUUUUAUAAAUGUAUUUAUUAAAAAAAAAAAAAACAUUUUUUUUUUAUUGAAACGAGUUUGAUUAAUUGAUAUAAUUGUGAUCAUUUGUUGUGCCAUGUUGAUAGUAAUGUCUUUUCAAAAACUAAAACGGAGUAAAUAGAAUUGGGAUGGCAUGAUUGGACUUUUAACGAUGUGACAGAAGAAUGAUUUUCUUAAUUUGUUCUAUUCAAAACGAUCCCAGAAAGGUUUUUCCUAUUAGAAUGAAAACGAUUGGUGAUAUAGAAUAAGUAUGUUGAGUCAAUAGACAAUCACCAAAACAUAAUGGUAAUUUUCAGUGAAGAAUUUUAAGGAUAUGAUAUAUAAAUAUAUAUUAUUCAUCCAACAUUAUGGUAGUUUUGCGGUGUUAAAAAAGCACAUCAAAUUCUUCUUCUUUUUUGUAAUUAUGUUUUGUGGAUACAGAGCAAGUGUUUGCCAUCAAAUAUAUUCAUUGUUUACAAUUUACUAUAAUUAAUUGUCUCGUGCUUAGAAUUAUUAAA